AUGCACUGCGGACUUCCCAUGGAACUGCUGCACGGAGAAUGGCCGUGUCAAAAGAAGAUCGACCUGCUGACAAGGACCGUGACGGCGCACCAGCAACUGACUUCGCGUCUGCAGUCCAUGACGCGCGACUUGCGUGGAGAGCGCUACUAUCCCUUACAGAGCGAGACCAAACAGCUGCGACUGCGGGUGUACCACACGUACGUCCCACCAGUUGCAGCCACUGCAACGUCACUGGCGAUACCAGGAACAUGGACGUUGAAGAUCGAAGGGGUCGACGCUGUGGCUGGACAUCCUACAGUUGUUAAAUUCUCGAGCUACUUUCGUAAAGCGUCCAUUGAACUCAACCCGCAUCUGUACGCGGACCACGUGAUCGAAUGGACGAGUUUGCAGAAGACAAGUCAUGACGUCGACGGACUCGAGGUGACGAGGACCGGAAGCACGGCACAUACAGUGAGGAUCAAGCUGCUACCAGCCCAUACUCUCGAGCGGUUUACGAUCUCGCCUGUGCUGCAAACAGUCAUUGGCCAGUACGUUGGCCCGGCCAAGGCGUACACGAAACAGGACAUUGUGCUCGCAAUGUGGGAAUACAUCAAGCUGCGCAAUCUCAUCAAAGAGGACGACUGCCGGAUGGUUACAUGUGACGACAAGUUGGCACAAGUACUGAAUUGUGUGUCGCUGCCGUUCACGUCGAUCAUAGUCGCGCUCAAGCAGCAUCUAACACCCGUCGAUGCGAUUGACCUCGAGUACACACUGAACCUCUCGACGGCAUGCGAAUCCGAGUUGCUGGAAGAGCAGUUCUUUGACGUGUCUGUUGCUGCAACGUCCGAAGUAGACAGGGCUCGAGUGCGCGCUCUUAAAGAAUAUGAGGAUCUGCAACAAGACCAGAACCAGGAACUGGCGCUGCUGAAGGAACAAGAGUUGGAUAUUUUGGAGCGUUUGCAAAUGUACGCGCGGAAGCGGGAGUGGAUGUCUCAGUUCGCUCGCGAUCCGUGCGGGUUCAUGGCAGACGUGAAGAAGUCCCAGCUGGCGGACGAAGAGAUUUUGACUGCCGAGACGCAACUAGAUGAACUCACUAUUCCCCAUCCUCAGCAGUUCACGCAGCCAUGGGUUCGUGGUGUGGUUGCAGAGCUGCUUACGACACGCCCCGCCAAUUAA